AACACAUUGUUGGUGUUGGGAGACGCAUUCGUUAUGUCUCGCCUUAAACCUAUCUCUUGGUGCGAGUGACAAAAUAUGAUGGAGGUGUGUGCGGCGUCUCGAGUAGUGACGGAUCAACGUACUCUCAUCCUGGUCUCUGAUCCGGCCUCCAGGCUGCCUCAGGUAUCGUCUGAGCUCUGGUGCAAAUUGGUCCAAAGAUUUUGUGAAGCAUGAGAAAUCUAGUUGAUCAACCAGGCUGUUCAACACAACAUAAGUCACAGCCUAGUUGAUCAGGUGAGCUUCAGCCAUUGCUGGUAUGAUCUGGAUGACUUACAUUCUAGAUAUGCUGCAGGCCAGCUGGAAAAUCAUGUGUGCUUCAGAAGGUAGCUGCUAGUAGAAAAAACUAAAAGGUAUCGUCCUUUGGAAAUUUUAAACCAUCAAGUUUUUUUUUUUUUUUUUUUUUUAUAAUCUGAAACACCCAGUACUGAGCAACAAUGGCAGGAGUUGAUGCACAGCACAUAAAAGACUUAAUUGCUAAAGGGAAUAGAUUUGAAGCUAUGAACAUGUUUAUUCAAAGCAAGUUCGGCAAACCAGAUAAUACAGAAAGUGUUGUCAAGAUAAAGCGGGAAGUUGGUGAGCCGAUCAUCAAAUCCAAGAAGAAUAAAGCUGCUGAAAAAGCAAGCCAUAGCAAAGACAAUAGUGAGAGUGAGAGUGAUGGGAGUGAGGCUGGCAGUGACAGCGAGAGCAGCGGAAGUAGUCAUGCCAGCUCUUCAGCUCCUCGCAGUGAAGCACUCGUGCCGGAAGUUGAAUUGAAAGAGGACGAAAAUUUGGAUGUUGAUAUCGAAACUGUUGAUCCCCUCACUGAAGCUGUUCUACCCAGGCCUCACUUGUUGGAACAAGCUGGACCUGCACACAUGACACAGCCACAGCAAAAUAUGCAAGGAUACGGCCACAUAGGAGGAAUGACUCACUAUGGAGCCCCACCAGGGGGUCCUUAUGGCCCGUAUUGUGUCCAGGUCCCACAGUACGGGCCAAGAGGGGAUGGGACACAGACCAGUCCUAUCUGGCUGGAUCCUAAUUCACAGCAACACCAUCAGCAACUACAGCACCAACAACUUCAGCAUCAUCAGCAGCAUCAGCAUCACCAACACCAACAUCAGCAGCACCAACAACAACAGCAGCAGUUGCAACAACAACAGCAGCAGCAAGAAGAACAACAAAGACAACAGCAAGAAAAUUCCUAUGUUCCAAGAAUUCAACGAGAGAGGGAACCAGUUCCAAAUGAUUUACACAAAAAGACUCAUCAAAAAUUCUUCAGAGAUCAAGGCCGUCCAUAUAUUUCUCGUGCCACCGGCAAGGAGAUCCGUGGUAGAGCAAUGGGUGCCCCAUGUAACUGCAAAAAGAAAUGCUGGUCCAAGAUUGAACAUGGUGCAGAUGAAAUUUUCUCAGCAUUUUGGGAUAUGGGUAACUUUGAUGAGCAAAAUGUGUAUUUAUAUGGCAAUAUCUCAAUUAAACCUGUGAGCCGUCAUUAUGUAAAAGGAUCUAAUAGACGAACUUAUACAUUUACAUAUUGGUGUAAAGUACGUGGAAAACAUGUGGAAGUGUGCAAAGAAAUGUUUAUGGGUGUUCAUGGUCUUCAAAACAGUAGAGGACGAAUAGGAAAUCUUAUGAAGCAAAUGAAAGAUGGUAACUUGCUUCCAAAACCUGACCAGCGUGGGAAACAUGCUAACCGGCCAAAUAAAUACACUGAACAGUCCCUCCAAGCAGCCCGACGGCACAUUGAAAUGUACAUCAAUCGAAAUAUGACUCUGAAAAAAAUGUACAGAGAUUUUUAUAUGCCAUGGUGUGAUGAAAAUAAGAUUGUUCCCGUAAGUGAAGACAAAUAUAGAAGAAUUUAUUCAGAGGAAUACAAAGUUUCUUAAUACCUAAUGAUUAUAGUAAAAUUAGUGGAUCAAUCAGGUACAAUACAUUCAUCCUUCAUUCAUCAUUCAUACAUAUUACAAAUCAAGUGGAACUUGAUAUGUAAAUUUUCCCAUUUUCAAAGCAAGUAUAUAUAUAAAUAAUUAUAUUGUUUGUGUUAAGUUUUCAUAAUUGUCUCUUUCAUACCUAACAUUUUAUUUAAUUGGCAAGCCAUGUAUCCACAGGGAAUGUUAUUGUCUCUGUCUAAUAAAGAAUAUAGUUUUUAAACUAAAUUCCAUAUAUGACAAAAGAUGGUUAUACUACUUUGUGAUAAUGCAUAUACAGAUGUGUCAUUGUUCUAAUAUCAGUGUAAUCAUCUCUUGGUAAAUAAUGAUUAAGCAAUUCCCUAUAUAUGGGUGCCUCAUUGAAGCACAUCUUACAUUCCAAGAUAAAGAUAGUUUAUGUUUUAAUUAGAUCUUUAUGAGCUGUAUUUUAACCAUAAAAUGGAAGAUAAAACUGCAGAUUUUUCUUGUAUACUUUUUUUUUUAAAUUAUGGGAUAAUCAAUGAAUUUUAAUUUAGGUUAAAAUUUGAAAUAGAGUUUAACAUUACAGCCCAUCAAUUUUGAGUAAUGAGACCAAACUGCAGUGUAGCCUUUGCAAAAAGGCUUAGGAGCUUUAAGGGAACUGCAAAAUUAUUAAAUUAUAAUAUUUUUUUAAAAUUACAGAAUAUAAUGAAA